AAAAAUGACUGUAUAUAGCAUUACUCUUUCUAAAAUUCCUCUCUUCGCAUUUUGAUUUUACUGUCUCCACUCUCUUCACCCUGACGAUCGACGCCAACUCCGCACUGUCGCAGCUCGAGCCUCGUGUUGCUCCGCGCCGUCGAAGCUCGGUCCGCUCGUGUUCCUCCGCCGCAGGUCGACGUCCACCUCCACACUCCACCGCCCACUCCACGCCGCAGAUGACUGAAACUUGAUGAAGAAGGUGACCUUUUUCCAUUUUGAGUUAUGGUUUUGUUCCCCUAUUAAGCAUUGGAGGACUUGAAUCAAGAUGCUUAACAGGUUAAGCAGGCAUUGCUUCUGCACUGCUACUCCUCGCCCAUGGCUCUUUGUAGGCUUGGGAAAUCCUGGGGAUAAGUACAAAGGAACCAGACACAAUGUUGGGUUUGAGCUAAUUGAUGCAUUUGCUGAAUCACAAGGGAUCUCUAUGAACACAGUUCAUUGCAAAGCUAUCUUUGGGCAAGGUUUUGUUGAUGAAGUCCCUGUUAUUAUUGCGAAGCCUCAAACUUACAUGAAUCUUAGUGGGGAAUCUACUGGACCACUUGCAGCUUAUUAUAAGCUACCUCUUAAUCGUGUUCUUGUGUUUCACGAUGACCUGGACUUGCCCUGUGGGGUGCUUCGACUUCACCACAAAGGAGGUCAUGGAAGCCACAAUGGGUUAAAGAGUGUAAUCUAUCAUUUUCGAGGGAAUAGAGAAUUUCCCCGGCUAAGAAUUGGUAUUGGGAGGCCUCCUGGACAAAUGGAUCCCAAAGCAUUCUUGCUCCAAAAGUUCAAUGCAACAGCCCGAGAACGAAUUGAUGCCGCUUUGGAAGAGGGGGUUGGCGUAUUGAAGCUCCUUUUAUCUAAAGGAUUGACAGAGAGUGCACGAUGCUUUAACAGGGAGCAAAAGUACAAGCAUAUAAGAUUGCAGACUAUGCCGACAUGAGCAGCUUAGGUGAGGAGAGUUACUGACCGAAUGCAGCAAAUGCUGAUUUUAUUUGCUGCUAAAAGCGGGAGAAAAGUUGUACGCAAUUUCCAGCCAUGCUAUGCACGGUUCAUGAUGUUCCCCCGUCUUUUACCAAUUCCUUGGGCAUUCAUUCAGGUCCCAAUAUAAUAACUUCUCGAGCCUCCCAAUUCUUAAUUGAUUCUUUCUUUUCUUCCUUAAAA